AAUAUGUUCUUUUUGCACAAAAGUGCAUAUUUGUCUAAGUUAGGAAUAAUUUUGUGCAUUUUGUAUAUUUUCUAUUAUAUUGUAAACUAGAUUUAUGAAUUAGGCUCCUAUUUUCUACAUUGAAAUUUAGAAUUUCUGCUUUUGCUUAGAGAUUUUCUUCAGGAAAAAUUCAAGAUGGCGGAUUAUUAAAGACUUGAGUAGUUCCGAAGUAUGAGUAUGAAAGACCCGGGCAGUGACUUCCGUGAGGCCAUGUCCAGCGUGGUGAUCCUGUCCUGCCAGCCCAACUCCCACCCGUUCCAGGAGCGCCACAUCUCCCUCAUAGAGCCCGUCAAAAUCGGGCGAUCCGUGGCCCGGGCUCGACCCGCCUCUAACAACGGCAUCUUCGACUGUAAAGUUCUGUCCAGGAAUCAUGCUGUGGUGUGGUACGAAAAUGGCAAGGUAGGUCAAAAACACUGUCAGUUAGAAAU